CCUUGGGAGCUGCAUAUGGAACAGCAAAGAGUGGCACGGGUAUUGCAGCCAUGUCUGUCAUGAGGCCUGAGCUCAUCAUGAAGUCAAUCAUUCCUGUUGUCAUGGCGGGUAUUAUAGCUAUCUAUGGCCUAGUAGUGGCAGUCCUCAUUGCCAACGCCCUCUCACCUUCUAUUACGCUAUUCAAGAGCUUUCUUCAGCUGGGUGCUGGCCUGAGCGUGGGGCUCAGUGGUCUGGCUGCCGGCUUUGCCAUCGGCAUUGUGGGUGAUGCGGGCGUAAGGGGAACAGCGCAGCAGCCCAGGUUAUUUGUGGGCAUGAUCCUGAUUUUGAUCUUCGCUGAAGUCUUGGGUCUCUACGGCCUCAUUGUUGCCCUUAUCCUCUCCACAAAGUAAACGUUGCGGUAUGAUGUAAAGAGAUCUAACAAAUCCACGUUUAAAAAAGAGAAAAAAAAAAAAAGAAAAAACACAAGCUCCGGAAUGAAAAUGGUCUCUCCAAUGUGUACAGUUGUCCCAAUUUGGUAGUUGAUCUCUUGUAAAUGCGCAAUGUACGUUAGUGACUUGUCUGUCCUGUGUGUACUUCAAUAUUAAAUUGGAUGGGCUGCUCCAAGCCUGCUGCAUGGCUUGGGGUGGCCUAUGUGCAAUUUUCCACCCAUUGCUGUUAGUACUUUAUGUAUAAAUAUGAACUAGAAAUGUAAUUUUUUUCUCUUCACUGGAUGUUUAUUUAUAAAAGACUUGACAUGUUCAUACAUCUAUGGAGCAAGGAUUUUCAAUUUCCCAUGCUAUAUAUAUUAAUCUUAUAUAUAGGUAGAUUACACUGUGGGGUCAAUUGUAAGUGCAGAGAAUUCCUUGGAUGUAACUUUGAUUCUAAAGAUUGCUGUAGUGUCCUGGUAUUGGAGUAUGAGAAUUUCGUGUUUUAUUACAGCAAUUGUCCGAAACACUCCCGUGUUUCAGUAGUAACUGCGUAUGCUCCGGCAUCCGAGUCGUGCACCCAGUGUUGGGUUACAAACUUAUACCAUGUUUCCGAAUAAAACUUCCUCACUACAUUGCU